UUGAGGCGGUGUUGCUGGGUAUCUUGUGUGAGACGUACUGUUAAAAAGAGGAGUAGGAGACGACGACACAUGACAUCGCAUCUGGAUCCUGGAGUGAGUAUUCACGGUAUUCACUGACCAAUCAGUCCUGGCGGGUUGGUUUGGUGGCUGGCCUCCUUCGUUCAUCCCUCCGUCCUGACAUCUCGUUCUGGAUCCUCGAUUGACUUGGUCUCUCUCUCCCUCAACCCUGAUCCACUCACUGAGCAUUGAUCAAUCACGAUUCUCAUCUCAGAAAACCUGUUUGCUUUGGCGAUCCAACCAGGCCAACCGGUUUUCGUCGAGAUUCGUCAAUCGAGUCGACGGAAGGUGUCUAGUCUAACUCAAGGACCUUGAGGCCGAGUAAGUCAGUCAAGGAGGAGUGAAGAGUGGAGCUACGUCGAGGAGUGAGUGAUCCCGGCGUCCCAGAUCAAUCAUGUGGGGAGCCUCUUGUGCCCGUGGUGCCACCUCCUCGGCUGGAUGGCCGGGCAUGCGAGCCAUCGCUACCGACGUGACCCAUGGACCUUGGAAUUGGUUGGCGGGCCAACGAACCACCCCCUUGGACGCCCUCGGGAAUUGGGCUAAUAUUGAGCCUCGAAGUGGACGGGUUUUGGCCUCAAUUCCCAUGUCCGGACCCCAGGAGGUGGAUCGAGCCGUGACCACGGCUCAAGCGGCUUUUCCGGCCUGGUCUCGGUUGAGUGGAACGGAGCGGGGGCGUUUCUUGAGCGCGGCUGCCUUGAAAAUGCGAGAGCAUCUCGAGGACAUUGCUCGGUUGGAUGUGAUCGACAAUGGCAAACCCAUUUGGGAAGCUCGGCUCGACAUGGAAACCGUGAUUGGCUCGCUGGAGUAUUACGGGGCUUUGGCUGCGUCUUUUAAUGGUCAGCACGUCCGCAUGCCCGAUGGUUCUUUCGCCUUGGUUACCCGAGAACCUUAUGGCGUGGUAGGUGGAGUGGGGGCGUGGAAUUAUCCGCUGCAGACGUGUACGUGGAAAGCGGCGCCCGCAUUAGCCUGCGGCAAUACUUUCGUGUAUAAACCAUCACAAUUCACACCCAUCACGGCCGUGAUCUUGGGCGAGAUUCUCAAAGAGGUGGGCGUGCCGGAUGGCGUUUUCAAUGUCAUUCAGGGCGAUGGCUCUACGGGGGCGUUACUAACCCAACAUCCGGGUUGUUCCAAGCUCUCAUUCACAGGCAGUGUACCCACUGGGAUCAAGAUCAUGCAAGCGGGUGCGGUGGGCGUCCGUAAUGUGACGCUCGAAUUGGGUGGGAAAUCCCCGCUGAUUGUGUUUGACGAUGCCAAUCUGAAGAAUGCAGUCAAAGGCGCGCUCAUGGCCAAUUUUCUCACCCAGGGCGAGGUGUGCUCGAAUGGAACUCGUGUGUUCGUCCAAAAAGGCAUUUAUGGCAAAUUUUUGCACGAGUUUGUCAAUCAAGCCCAGAAAAUGAAGGCUGGUGAUCCCCUGGCCGAGGACACCACCAUCGGAGCUACCAUCAACGAGGAGCAUGCUCAAAAGGUCUUAGGUUUUAUCGAACGCGCCAAAAAGGAAGGUGUGACCGUCGAAUGCGGAGGCGAACGAAUCCAAUUAGAAAGUGAAUUGGCCAAUGGAUAUUACCUCAGCCCUUGCAUAAUAACAAAUUGCACAGACACAAUGGAAAUUGCUCGAGAGGAAGUAUUUGGUUCCGUGGCUUGCGUCUUCCCCUUUGAGACCGAGGAUGAAGUCAUCCGAAGGGCUAAUGAUACCCCGUUUGGUUUAGCAGGCGGAGUGUUCACCAAUGAUUUGACUCGAGCUCAUCGUGUGAUUAAUGCCUUGGAAGCGGGAACAUGCUGGAUCAAUACGUUUAAUCUGGCCCCGUCUGAGGUUCCCUUUGGCGGCGUCAAAAUGUCUGGAAUUGGACGCGAAAAUGGAACCGUGGCCAUGGAAUUUUAUUCCCAAAUGAAGACCAUAUAUGUGGAAAUGAACGAUGUUGACUGUGGUCUUCUUUAUCAAGACUGACGAUUCAAUCCAUGAUACCGUGGGAAAACAUGAUUGAUGCCCCUAAUGCAAUGCCGACAAUGCAAGUCAAGCGAAUGAAAUGGAGCGAACGAUAGAUUAGUUGGGAAGAUAGCUUAAACGAAUGAGCCAUCCGAGAAAAUCUGUUGAUUUUUCUUGAAUCAAAUUGGAUAUGGAGAAGUAUAUUUCUCAUUACAUGUGCCAUCAAAUUUAUGUGAAACAUUAAACCUAUCAUGGACUUCAGAAAAUCUACAUUGAUGUGGCAACACAUAAUCCAAGAUAAACGGAAAGUGAACCAAACGAAA